AUGGUUUAUAUCACAAGACAGCACGCUUUCACAAUUCUUCCAACAAAUAUCAAAACCUUCUACAAGGAUUAUGGAGUUGGUUUGCGUAACACUGCCCAUGCUUUUGUUGAAGCUUUGAAAGUGUUCGACGAUGCAAAACGAGCAGAUCGUAAAGAUUGGAAGCUUAAAUCUGAGCACAAGGGCGACAAAUGUUUCAACAAGCAUUUCCCAAUAGGAAAAGUUUACUACCUCAAGAUUGAGAAUACCCCUCAUUGGAACAGUAAUGUGCACAGCGUGGACCGUUUAGGAACCAUAAGUGAGCACGCCGACAUUCUUCAUUAUACCACCUCCGAGGUCGUCGUCAUCAAAGGACGUGACUUCGUUGUUUGUCGAAUGUGGCGAAAGUAUACAACCUCCGAGGUCGUCGUCAUCAAAGGACGUGACUUCGUUGUUUGUCGAAUGUGGCGAAAGGUUGGCGACUCAUACGUAGUAUGUGCUACUAGUUUUGAGAACGACGUUCCCAUAAUGGCAAAGAAAAAGAGAGGUUGGGUAAAUGUAUGUGCUGGCAAAUUCACUCCGUUAGCGUCAGAUCCAACGAAGUGCACUAUCGAAUAUAUUGUAUCCAUUGAUCUCAGAGACAAGAUAACUCCAAAAGCGUUACCUCAUCAACGACUUUCUCGUUUCGUUUGUUUGCUGCAAGUACCUCAGUUCAGUCCAACGGUUGUUUAA